AUGGCUGACAGAGGCUCGCAUCGUGGAGGAGGAGGAGGAGGCGGCGGUCGUGGAGGAGGUCAUCGAGGGAGGGGAGGCGGCGGCGGCGGAGGUCGUGGCGGACACGGUGGAGGCCAGGGUGGUGCUGGCGGCGACCGCGAGAGGCCCAAGAAGGAGAACAUCCUUGACUUGGGCAAGUAUAUGGACAAGAAGAUUACCGUCAAGUUCAAUGGCGGUCGCGAAGUGACUGGCACACUCAAGGGAUACGACGCUCUGAUGAAUCUCGUGCUCGAUGACGUCGAAGAAGUCAUGAGAGAUGAUGAGGGAAAGGAGAACACCCGAUCUCUCGGCCUCGUCGUGGCACGCGGUACACUCUUGGUCCUCGUCAGCCCUGUCGACGGAAGCGAGCCGAUCGCCAACCCUUUCGCCCAGCCAGAAGAAGAUUGA